UCGAGGCUUCGAGCUGCUCUCCUCUUUGAAACUGCGCCACUCUCGUUUCUGUCAACAUGGCGGGUACAGUGGCUAACAAGUGUCUGAGUCCUCUGGCUUUCCUCACCAGGACCCUGUCUGCUCCGGAGUUCAUCACCCAGUGCUGCUACCACAAGAAGGUGGUUGAUCAUUAUGAGAACCCAAGAAAUGUGGGCACUUUGGACAAACAGUCCAAGAAUGUGGGGACCGGCUUGGUGGGUGCUCCAGCCUGUGGAGAUGUGAUGAAGCUCCAGAUUGAGGUGGACGACCAGGGGAAGAUUGUGGAUGCCAGAUUCAAAACUUUUGGCUGUGGCUCUGCUAUUGCCUCUAGCUCUCUGGCCACCGAGUGGGUGAAGGGCAAAUCUGUGGAUGAAGCUUUGAUGAUAAAGAACACUGACAUUGCCAAAGAGCUCUGUCUUCCCCCAGUUAAACUUCACUGCUCUAUGCUGGCAGAGGACGCCAUCAAGGCUGCCCUGGCUGAUUAUCGCCUCAAGCAGGAGGACGUCCAGCAGGAGGCAGUCAGGGCCAGCAAUUAAACAGGGCACGCUCCCUCCGAGUUCGGCACCACUGUUUGCUUCCUGCUGUCAAGAAGAGAAGUAGCAGUAGUCCAUUUCCAGCACCUCACUGUCGUCCUGCAGUAUUGAUGGGGCACACCUAAUGAAGUUGAUGACCACGUACACCAUCGUCAACCCUCUGUAGCAGUGUGACACCGGGCUCUCUGUGUUAGUCUGUGCUCCUCUAACCUUCUAUACUGAACCUUUAGCCUGUCACGUAAACGCACAAUGUAAGCACUGUUUGGGCUGUUGGUACAGAGCUGAGCCUUAUUUUCGAGAUGUGUUAUAUUUUAAGAUUUUGUGCUUGAGGAGUGUUGAUCUGAAUGGUGUGAUGGGGAUUAAAGCUAAAAGCUGUUAAAGUAACCUGUCUGCACCCUAAAGCACUGACCUUUUGAUAUGCAAGUAAGCAAAGUGGCUUGAAACAAUGGAAGGGUCCACUGAUUUGAAGGGUAAUUCAUAAUUAUUUAGUAAUGCUUCCUUGACUAUCCGCAAUAAAAGUAUUGUGAACCUUAA